AUGGUUGGCCUACCGGCGAGGGGGAAAUCGUACAUUUCGAAGAAACUGGUACGAUACCUCGCAUGGAGUGGAUUCAACACGCGGGUUUUUAACGUCGGGAACCGUCGUACCACCCACGAUGCCAAGUUCUUUGACCCGGACAACCCAGAAGCAGCCGCGACCCGCGACAAGCUGGCGCUGGAAACGUUGGAGGAGGUGAUUGAAUGGUUGCACAGGGGUGGGGGCAAGGUUGCGAUACAUGACGCGACAAAUUCGACGGUCAGGAGACGCAAGAUGUUGUUCGAGAGGGUUAGGAAAGAAAAGGGGAUCAAAGCAUUAUUCAUAGAAAGCAUAUGCACGGAUAGCAAGGUCUUGGAACAGAAUAUCCAGAUGAAGCUACAAGGGCCUGAUUACAAGAACAUGCCUCCCGAAAUGGCCAUGCGGGACUUCAUGGCGCGAACGGCAAAUUACGAAAAAGCGUAUCAAACAAUAUCCCAAGAGGAGGAAGAAGAGGACGAUCUGGGCUUCAUCAAAUUAGUCAACGUGGGGAAAAAGGUUAUCGCUCAUAACGUGCACGGCUACCUAGAAUCGCAAUGCGUGUUCUACCUCAUGCAAAUGCACAUUAAGCCCCGCACCAUCUGGCUUACACGUCACGGCGAGUCGGAAUACAACGUAUCAGGCCAAAUAGGCGGCGAUCCACCUCUGACAGAUCUGGGGCGAAGAUACGCGAAAGCACUGGCGAGGUUCAUGCGUGGGUUCCAUCCACCGUCGGCAGUGGCUACUUCAUCGACAAUACCACUGUCGUCAUCGGCCACAAUACAGCAAUCACAGCCCUCCACUGCCACUCUCGCUACCCCAUCCGAACCAUUCAAACGCUCCUCAUCCAUUCUCGACGAUGAUUUCGGUACGGAUAGGGGCAUGUCGUUGAGCAUCUGGACGUCGACUCUUCGGAGAACUUUCGAGACAGUAGAGUGGUUUGAUGACGAGGAGUAUAACAUCAAACGCAUCAAGUUCUUGAACGAGAUUUAUGCCGGAAUCUGCGAAGAUCUCACGUACCUUCAAAUCGAGGAGAUAUAUCCGGACGAGUAUCGCGCGCGGCAGAAAGCGAAACUCGUCUACCGGUACCCAGGCCCUGGCGGCGAGUCGUACGUCGACGUCAUCGAGCGUCUGAGGCCCAUUAUUAUCGAGCUUGAGCGGAUGCAGACUAAUGUCAUGAUCGUUACGCAUCAAGUGGUUCUGAGAACGCUUCUGUCGUACUUCGUCGCCGUACCCUUGGACCAAAUGCCAACGCUCUCCGUGCCACUCCACACUCUAUACUGCCUGAAGCCUAAACCAUACGGCGCUGAUCUCAUCAAAUGUGAGUUGGUGGGCGUUCGAUUUGAUUAG